AAAAAUCUUUUUCUUCGUAUUUCGUAGUGUCAAGCAUGGCGGAAACGAACGGACAUCAAGUAAAAGAGAAUUUACCUCCGGGUGUCCAAGUGGAAGAGAUCGAGAUACCAGUACCAUGGGGUCACGUAUCUGGACGAUGGUGGGGGCCUACAGACCAACAACCACUGAUAGCUAUCCAUGGCUGGCAAGACAAUGCUGGCACAUGGGAUAAUCUGAUCCCCCUUUUGCCCAUCAACACAUCUGUUCUCUGUUUAGAUCUGCCUGGACAUGGUUUGUCCACAUACUAUCCAAAAGGUAUGUCGUAUUAUAUUUUCUGGGAUGGAAUCGUGCUGUUGCGAAGGAUUGUCAAACAUUUCAAAUGGAAGAAAAUCUCUUUGUUGGGUCACUCCCUCGGUGGUGCUCUAAGCUUCAUGUAUGCAGCAGCAUUCCCCGAUGAUGUUGACAGAAUUAUUUGCAUUGAUAUAGCUAGUCCAGCAGUAAGAGAGCCUGCACACAUGGUAAAGACUACAGGUGGAGGGAUAGAUAAAGUGUUGCAAUAUGAAAAUUUGACUGAUGAUCAACUACCUUGCUAUCAAUAUGAUGAGAUGAUUGAUAUAGUUGUUGAAGCUUACCAAGGAUCUGUCUCAAAAGAGAAUUGCAAAGUUUUGAUGAAGAGAGGCAUGACACCGACUCCUCCAGAGAGCAAGAAAGAAGGUUAUUACUUCAAAAGAGACCCCAGACUAAAAGUAUCGGGGCUCGCUAUGAUGUCAAUUGAAACGGCGUUAGAAUACGCAAGUAAGGUAAAAUGCAAAGUUUUGAACAUAAGGGCAUUGCCUGGUCAGAAAUGGGAGAGGCUGGAUUAUUAUACAAGUGUGAUAGACAAACUGAAGGAGGUGACAGAUGUCAAGUAUGUAGAAGUAGAAGGUACUCACCACAUACAAUUAGAAUCACCAGAUAAAAUAGUCAAUAUCAUUGAAGAAUUUCUAGAAGAUUAUUAAUUUAUGCACAUAUUAGGUAAUGUAGUUGUGAUAUGCAUACUAAUGUA